UCCCCGUCAUACCUUCCCCCCUCCACCUUUCCCCCCUCCACCCCCUGUUCCCCUCCAAGAGCAAACUGUCAUUGAUUGUUGUUGGUUGGGUAUGACAAGGACGGCGGGGGGGUUAGGUUCAGUAUGUAUGUAGGUAGGUGGGGGGAGGGACGGGAACCCCGAGAUGCCCUUCCUUGCCUUCCAUCAUGCUCCAUGGAAGAAGAGUUUUGUGAUCACAUCGAACUCAACGAACAAAUACAUACGUACACCCAUAGCUUCUCUUUCCAGUUACUUUCUCGCCUCCCUCAUUUCCAAUUUUAGAAUUAAGUUCUUAUUUUAUUUUACUUUUCUCUUUGUGUUUUUCCUUCCCUCCCGAUCGAAACGGUCUAAUGGAGGGAUCUUAAUAUCGGGCGCAUGUGAAGGGGAGGGAACCAGGGGAUCAGUGCGAGAUUCUAGAUCUCAACAGGUACGGCCUGUGGUUCGAGGGUUGGGGAGUUCCCCUCACUCUUCCCCUACCCUCCUAUUCAUUUUUACUAUUAUUAUAUUAUUGUUGUUGUUAUUAUUUUCCCUUGCUACGUGUCAGUGCGCCUUAGCCCAGGCCCACGGCGGCCAGCGGCCCAUGGAUGGAUGGGCUUCGGUGUAGAGUCGCGUCACCACACCACAUCACACCACUUUCUCUCUCUCUCUAUUUAGGUUUCUUU